AUGUCUUCCCUCACACCUUUACGACCCCUCUCAUCAGCCCUGCGCCAAUCCUAUAGGGGAUACGCAUCUGUACUCAACACUCCUACCGAGGUGGCGCAGGAGUUGCCAUUACGAUUACAAGCUAUCAAGUUGUAUAAAGAGUUACAUCGACUAGGAAGAGAUUAUCCUGAUCCAAAAUACGAUUUCAAUAAGAGACUAAGGAGAGCUUUCGAGAAAAAUGCAAAAGUCACCGAUCCAGAACAAUUGAAAAAGCAAUUAGAGUUAGGUGAACAUAUCAAGAAAGAGGUUCUCGCUUUGAUCUCGCUAAAGAAGUUUAGACAUCUCAGAAGGACUUACCACGCUAAUGAAGGUCCAAGAUAA